AUGCUUAAUGUGCAAAUGGAGCCCAGCGCGCCGGAAAUCGUGGAAUCCCCGCAGCAGCCGAUCCGCGAGGGUGAUGGCGUUCAGAUGAAAUGUCGAUCAGAGGGUGGAAGUCCUCCUCCUUCUAUUAUUUGGCUAUUCGACAAUACAACACAAGCUGGACAGGAUUUAUAUUCUGUUAGCGUAAAAGAGGACGGCACUGUCGAGAGCCGAAUUCAAUGGCGUGCCCGUGCCGAGGACAAUGGCGCUUUCAUGACGUGCGUCGUCUCCAACAAGGCGUUGGAAGGAAGAGCACCAAAGACCGUCCAGAGCUCCCGGCUCAAUGUGCUGUACAAACCUACCGUAACCGUGGGCCCGGCGUCGGAAUAUAUUGUUGAAGAAGACCAGGCGAUCGAGUUGACCUGCCAGGGACAGGGAAAUCCACAGCCGACCGGAUAUGAAUGGUCCGUUUUUUUUGGAUUCCUGGGCUACGAGCUAGAAAGA